AUGGACAGCUUCGUGGACAACUCCAUCCUGGUCACCGGCACGACAGACCCCGACUGGGUGCCCGUCAUGAGGCGCGCCGCGGCCAUCAUAACGGACCACGGCGGAGCGACGUCGCAUGCUGCCAUCGUGAGCCGCGAGCUGGGACUUCCGGCCGUCGUCGGCACCGGCAACGCCACUUUUGUGCUGCACGGCGGCCAAGAUGUCACCGUGUCGUGCGCCGAAGGCACGUCCGGCUUCGUGUACGACGGCGCGGCAGACAUCACGGCCGAGACCCUCGACGUGUCCGAGCUGCCGCCUACCAAGACCAAGAUCAUGCUCAGCCGCCUUUCCAACGCGAUCCAGGUUCACCCCAUGGCGCUCAUCCGCUUCAACAGCCUCAGGGACGAAACGGCAAGGGAGAGAAUCGCCGCCCCGACGGCAGGUUACAGCGAGAAGCCAGACUACUUCGUCGACAAGCUGUCCCAGGGCUUUGCGACCCUCUGCGCCGCCGUCUACCCCCGACCAGCCAUUAUUCGCAUGAGUGACUUCAAAACCAACGAGUACGCCGGGCUCGUCGGCGGCGCAGACUUCGAGCCCAAGGAGCAGAAUCCAAUGCUCGGCUUCCGAGGCGCCUCGCAAUACUACUCCCCACGGUACAGGGAGGGUUUCGGACUCGAUUGCCGCACCAUCAAGCGGCUACGCGACCACAUGGGCUUCACCAACGCCGUCGUCAUGAUACCCUUCUGCCGGACCGUCAACGAGGCCAGGGAGGUCACCGCCGUCAUGGGGGGGGGGGGGGGGGGCUUUGCCGACCACUUUGACGGCUUCUCCAUCGGGUCCAACGAUCUGACUCAGCUGACGCUGGGCGUUGACCGCGACUCUGGCGAGCUGGCGCAUUUGUUUGACGAGCAAGACGAAGCCGUCAAGUGGAUGCUCGGCCGUGUCAUCUCGGUGGCGCGUGAAAAGGGGCGCAAGAUUGGCAUAUGCGGACAGGCACCGAGCGACCAUCCAUAG